AUUAUUCACAGGUAAAUCACAGAACAUUAUCUGUGGUGUUGAUUAUGUCUGUUCAUUGCUAAUCUUGGUGAUGACAGGUGGGAGUAAAAGUGAUCCGGUCAAAGUACCAUUAAAAUAAAUCAUUGAAUUUGUGCAAAUUCGCACCCGAAAAAGUGCGCCAAGUCGUAUGUUUAAUGUAAGAAGUAAACACACUAAACCUUAUAGAUUUUAUGGAUAAGAGUUAUAUAAGGAAUGCAAUAAGAACCAGAAUGGGAAUAAAUGCAGUACAAAAAACUUAUGAAGACGGUGUGCAGAAUGGCUGCUACUAAACAUACUUUGUCGGUGCUAGUAUCGGAAAACUUGCCUUAAAUGUAGAACCUCCUCCUUGGUAUAUAUUGGGAAUAUUUUCCGAAACCAGCAGUAUUGCUAACAGCCUGAGAUGCUGACUCUAGACAAACUGGAUUAAAAACAAACGUCGGGAGUAGACAGUUAUUGGAAACGUAAGGAGCAGGAUUCUAGUAAGAAAGCUGGUGUGAAUUGAUGAAGAAAUCUCGGUUAAGAGGAUAUUGAACGAUCCCGUAAUAAUGGAGUUUAAAUUUGUUUGAAAUGUGUGACACAGUUUUUUCGAUAUAAAUAUAUAACAAAGAAAGAAAUGACAAAACUAAAAGGAAUAUCUUCACAAACGUUUUAUAAAGUUCUUACAAAGGAAAUGCAUUUUUCUUGAUUAACAAGAAGUGGAUUAUAGUUUCUAUGACAUUGUAAGUGAAGUGUCAAAUUGGUGUAGAAUUUUGCAUAAGUAUUUGAUAUUAAACAUAUUUCAAUGUUCAGGAAAGUAAUGCAACUGAAUGAAAGCACGAGGAACUUGUCCGAUUCUGUAGUUGAAAAUGAGGAUAUUUUCAGCGUUGGACGGCUUCGUAUACCGAACGUCGUUAUAAUGGCAAUCGGUUUGUUUUGCAUAUUUAUCAUGAGUUUUGUCGGAAAUAUUUCUGUGUUUGUGAUAUUCUACAAGCGGCCCGUGCUUUUGACCAUUUCUAAUAGGUUUAUAGUAAACCUGUCAGUUUGCAACAUUCUUCAGACCGUUGCCGUAAUGCCUUUCGUGUUAACAUCGCUUAUUUCUCAAGAGUGGUGGUUCGGGUCAGUUUGGUGCCAAGCCUCGGGUUUUGGGAUGAACCUGAUAUUUACUGCAAGUACAUUUACAUUGGUGCUUAUUGCCAUAGAUCGGUAUUUGGCUGUUGCAAAACCAUUACAUUACUCAAUGACAAUGACAAGCAAACGGGCGUCCGUAAUGAUAGCUUCAGUUUGGAUUUCGGCCAUUUUGUGUUCACUGCCACCACUGGUUGGAUGGAACAGCUAUGAAUUUCAGCGAAACAAAAUUGCGUGUAUGACAGCUUCAUAUAGUAAACAUCAAGGAGAUCGGUCUUACAGCAUUUUCCUUGUUACAGUGUGCUUUAUUCUGCCUUCAUGCAUUAUCAUGUGUGCAUAUUGUGUUAUUUUCAAAGCGGCGAAAGUAAGCAGCGAAAAGGUUCGGCGGAACAGUACAAUAGCAUCUGGUAUUAAUGAUUUCCCCGAGUUAUCUCUUAGAGGGGGUCGUCGCAACAGCUCUGUGCAAAGUUUGAUGCAUAUGCUAAGCUGCAGCAACAAAACCGGGUCAGUUCUCUGGAGACGCGAUGACAGAAAAGCCGCUGUGACUAGUUUUAUCGUUUUAUUUACAUUUAUUUUAUGUUGGUUGUUAUACUUUAUUAUCAUUAUUCUCGAAUGCCUUUUAAAAGAUCCAGACACUAUUGACCCCGUCGUAAAGACCCUGUCAGUGGUACUUGCCCUAUCAAGUUGCGCAAUAAAUCCACUAGUUUAUGUGUUCCGCUGUAAGCUUCAGAGAGUUGAAUUGAAAAGCAUUUUGGGUUUUAAACAGAACAGUUUCAAUAGGGAUAUGUCUAAUGGAAAUCAAAAUGGGUCAAGAAGACCAAGCUAUAAGCUGAACUGCAUCCGACAAUCGCCUUGCUUAUCACGGGAAGGUAGUCAAGAAUCAGAGGUCAUUGAAAUUCUUCACCACGUCAAUACAGCCGCGACAUUAACCUCAAUGAUAAUUCCUGAAGAGGAAGAAAAAUUGCCAGUGACACAAACAUAAAUGGAUAUUAAUAUUGGUUGUAUUUAUUGUUUGUACCUUUACAA